CUUUAAUGCCACGGUCUCGGAGACGCCGCUGCGACCAGAAAGGCAGGCCUCUAUGGUGAUCAUCCAGUGACGCAAAACCUCACACCUCCUGGUCCCGCCCAUCGAUGCGCCGCCCUAAUCAUCGCGUAGCAGGCUGGAAGCCCUUCGAUGGUCUUGAGUGUGGUAGACGGACAGAUAACAAUUGCUUCUUAUCACUUGCGUCGCGCUUCCGGGGAUGGUCUACCAAGAAAUGCUAUUACUUGUUCGCCGUCUUCAUAGUGGGCUGCCUUCUACUGCACUUGUCACACACGGCCUUGCAAAUGAACUUCCGAGUCGAUUUUCUCCCGACAACUUCACCAACGGGUGGACCAUUUGGGAGUACAUACACAAUCCGCGUGAACACCUUUCGGCGGAAUGACAUGCUGAAAAGGUUUUUGGGCCAUUUCGCAAGGUGCCCUAACGUACAGGCAAUCCAAGUUAUUUGGUCCGACCAAGGAUACGACCCUCCCUCUCUCAUGGACUGGGCAAUCCCCCUUUCAACACAAGAAUUGUCAAAAGUAGCAUUCGAAGUCCAGCCUACGGAUAGCCUCAACAAUCGCUUCCGGGCACUUUUGCCUGUACCCACUCCGGCAGUCUUGUCCUUGGAUGACGAUCUGGUAAUCCCAUGCGAGACCUUGGAUUUUGCCUAUUCAAUAUGGCAAGCGGCGCCUCAAUCACUGGUUGGGUUCACACCCCGUUUGGUAACCUGGGACGGGGAGACUGCCUCUGGCGUCGUCGCUGGGAAGAAAGUGACGGAAUUGGAGGCAGGAGAGGGGGCAGGCCCCGGUCCCGGUGCUGCUGGCAGCUACCGAUACCUGAGCUCUUUCAAGCACGUCUGGUGGCACGGACGCUACAAUGUGAUACUGACUAAAUGCUGCUUUCUGCACAGGGACUUCCUCUCCCUGUAUUUCUCGUCCCUAACGCCUGAGGUCUUGCAGUACAUCGACGACCGCAGAAAUUGUGAGGAUAUCGCUAUGCAGUUCGUGGUCGCCAACCACACGCGUGGGGCCCCUCCGGUCUGGGUUCAGGCGCGAUUUACAGAUUACGGGCAAAAGUCAGGCAUCAGUCAGGGAGAGGACCACGCGCGGGAGAGGGGAGCGUGCGUGGGGCGUUUGGUGAAGGAGUUUGGGAGCCUAUGUCUCACCACGACGUCGCUCAAAGCCAUAGAUGCCCGAAGGUCCUGGAUCUGGUAGCUCCAGCGACCUUUCGAAAACUUAGAAAUCGCCAUCUCACCAUUGGCAGGUCUUCGCCUUGAAAAGCAGCUAUUUUUGUUCCUGCGGCUCAGGUGCUGCACGCUAGAGCUUGGGUUGUCUCCAGGGCUCUUCCUGUCAGGCGGGCCUUGUCAAUGCCGAAGCAUUAUGUAAU